AUGCCGGCCAACCACCGCCAGCCGGCACCCCAGACGCCUGCGUCUCCAAGCACCAAGCCCACGGCUCGCUACACGAACAAAGAUGGCUCCAAGAUCAUCACCGUCCCAAAGGGUCCCCCCUCCACCGAUCCCUCGCUGCCAUCCACUCCGACUUCGUCGGCCAAGGCCCCGAGCUUGCAGACCACCGUCGCCGCCAACGGCCCCGACGACUCGGCCCCUGCCGUCAACCGCAAGAAGCAGAAGCGUCGCGCAAAGGCCGCUGCGAAGGCUGCCGCCGAGCAAGCCGUCGUCGGCCAAACACCCAACGGACGCCCAAGUCCUGCGCCUGGCGCAUCCGCCCCCCAGCCUCGCUCUGCCCGACAUGACGACGACCACGAUUCCAGCGAUGACGACGCCGACGCCGAUGACCGCCACUCGGUCGACGACGACGACGAUGAUGACGACGACGACCAUCGCCAUCGCCAUCCCGGCGCCAACGGUGUUGCCUCAGCCAAGUCCAAAAAGUCCAAAAAGAAGAAGAAGAAGAACGCAAAGAACCCGCAACUCGCCAACCCCCAGUUCGACAACGUGCCGCAGCAACAGCACCAACACCAUAACCAUAACCAUCACCACCACUCCCACCCCCACUCGCCAUUGACGGCGCCCCGCGGGCCUGGCAUCUCCAAGGAUAAAAUCUGGAACACCAGCUCGCAGGAGGAGAGGGAACGCAUCAAGGAGUUCUGGCUCGGUCUCGGCGAGGACGAGCGCAAGUCAUUGGUCAAGGUCGAGAAGGACGCUGUUCUGAAGAAGAUGAAGGAGCAGCAGAAGCACACAUGCAGCUGCACCGUCUGCGGCCGGAAGCGCACCGCCAUCGAGGAGGAGCUCGAGGGACUCUACGACGCCUACUACGAGGAGCUCGAGACCUUUGCGAACAACGGAGAGGGUCCUCACAUCCUGCCGCCUCAUCGCGAAUUCCCCCUUCGCCCCUCACGCCUCCCCGCGACCUACUCGGGCCAGCCGCCGUCACGUGGCCGCAUAGUCGAACACGUCGGCGACGACGACGAUGACGACGGCGACGAGGACCCCGAAGAAGAGUACAGCGACGAGGAAGACGAGCUCGAGGAGGAGGAGGAGGAGGAGGAGGAGGAGGAAGAAGAGGAAGAAGACGACGAUGAGUACAGCGAAGAGGACGAACCGCCAGAGGACGCCCACCCUCACGACCGGGACGUGGCCGACUUCUUGACGUUUGGGAACAGCCUGCAAGUCAAGGGUAUGCAGCUUCUGGACUCUCUACUCUGCAGAUAUGGUAACAUGGACUUAGGCGGCAUACUCACCGUUGCGGAUGACCUCCUCAAGAACGACGGCAAGCGUUUCAUCGAGAUGAUGGAGCAGCUCGCCGAGCGCCGCAUGGCCCGCGAAGAGGACGCCAAGGAGCACUUCUCGCGCGGCUACGGUCAUCCCGCCAACGGCUCCUACUCGAAUCAUGGCCAUCCUCCUCCCGAAGACGACUAUGACGACGAGGACGAGGAGGAGGAUGAUGACUAUGACGACAGCCAAGAAGAGGAAUACGAGGAUGAAGAAGUGAGCUCCUCUCAAUACACACAUGACCAUAAACACUCGAGUACUGAGCAUUACUGUUGUCAUCAUCAGGACACGAUGACCGAGGAACAGCGCAUGGAGGAGGGUCGUCGCAUGUUUCAGAUCUUCGCCGCUCGCAUGUUUGAGCAACGCGUCCUCACGGCCUAUCGGGACAUGGUCGCCAAGCAACGACAGCAGCAGCUCAUCGAAGAGCUCGAGGAGGAGAACCGCCAGGACGCCCAACGAAAGGCCAAGAGGGCCAAAGAGAACCAAAAGCGCAAGGACAAGGCCGCCCUCAAGAAGCAGCAGCAGGCCGAGGAGAAGGCCAGGAGGGAGGCCGAGAAGGCCGCCGAGGAAGCCGCCCGCCUCGAGGAGCAACGACGGAAGGCCGAAGAGCAGCGCCUCCGGGCCGAGGAGAAACGCCGCAAGAAGGAAGAGCAGAAGCGUCUCGAAGAGGAGGAGCGCCUCCGCAAGGAGGCCGAGCGACAAAGGCGCCUCCAGGAGCAGCAGGAGAAGCGUGCGGAACAGGAACGCAAGACGCGAGAAGCAAGGGAAAAGGCGCAGAAACUCAAGGACGAGGUUCGACUACGUGACAAGGAGGCUCGGGAGCUCAAGGAGAAAGAGACGCGGGAGCGGAAAGAGAAGCAGGACCAGGCCAGACGCGAAAAGGAGGCCAAGGCCAAGGCCGAUCGAGAAGCCAAGGCCAGAGCUGCCGCCGAUAAGGAGAACAGCGUCAUCGAACGGUCGAAGCAGGAGGACAACAAGCCGGCAACAGCACCAAAGGCCGCCACCGCCGCUGCUCCUAUUCCUAUACCCGCCUCGGGUCGACGGUUGUCGCAACAUCCGGUGCCGAUCCCGACACAUCCCUCCAACCCCGCAUCCUACGCAUCCCCAAAGAUACCCGUUGCGACGCCGGCUCUGCCCAAGGCUCCGACACCGAUCCGUCCCAAGCAUGCGCCCCAGCCCCUGGAAAACAGCCUGCCGGGAUCCCAGGCCUCGCAAUCCGGGUCGAGCGCCAGCCAGAACCCGUCACCUCACCCCGCAACGCCCGGCCACACGAGCCCGGCGCCGAUCGGGUCUAGGAAGACGAGCGUGGCGACGUCGAGCUCGCUGCCGCAUCCCCACUCGGUGUCGCCGUCAAGCAUCAAGGGACCGAUGCAGACUGGCCCCUUUGGCAUGCCUAUGAGCAUGCCGCCGCCCGGGUUCGGUGUGCCUCCUCCGGGACUCGCGAACCGCAUGCAUGAUCCCAUCUUUGGUCCGCCCGGCAUCCCCGGGUUCGGUAGACCACCGCCCGGCAUGAUGCCCGGUCCGCCCGGGCUUAACGGGCCCGCUGGACGCGGUUUCAUGCCGCACCCACCCCCCGGUUUCGGACAGCCCAUAGGCGGCGAUCCGAUGCACAACAUGGCACCGGGGCCGGCAACACACUCGAGGCAGCCCUCCGGCGGCUAUGACCCGGCUUCACCACCAACCCCUGCGCAACCCAUCGGAAGACCGGCACCUAUCGGACGACCCGGCAGCGUGGUGCACGGGCAACGUAAUGAGCAACCUGACGACUUUGCCAACCAGCAUCUCGGGAGCAGCGCACUGCUAGACGACGCCGAGGAUCCGAUCGCCGCGGCCAUGAACGCGGCCAGGCACCGCAACCAGCUGCCGCGACCGGCGUUCCCGACGAUCCCGUUCGCGGGGGGCAUGGACAACGGAUUCCACAACAUGCACAACAACGUAUGGGGCCCGUCGCCGAUGGGCUUCGUCCCGCCUCCCGGCCUGGGCAACCCCACCUGGGGCAGCCCCAUGAUACCGCCGAUGCCGUCGCUGGGCCAGAUGCGAACGGGGGGCAAUCCUCGCUCGGUGGCGGUUCGCCUGAUGCUGUGCCGCGCCUGCAAGGAGCUGCAGGCUCGCAGCCCGGACAGCGCGGAAUCGUUUGUCGAUCUCGCGGCGAUCAAGGCCGAGGUGGACCAGCUCAGCCGGAUGGAGAUUAUCUCGGAAGACGACCUACUGGACCUCGCCGAAACGGAGGGCAACGCGCACAACGGCGGCGGCACCUUUGACAUCCGGCGCGACGCCAACGGCCCCGGCAAGCACUCGGUGCGGUGGGUGCCCGAGUUCAACGACAUGUCGCAGCCUCACCACCGAGCGGUGGGCGCGCCGGGCGAGAUCGGGAGCCCCAUCAUCGGCAGCGGUGCCACUGCGUUCUUGGCUAGGGGGCAGUAG